CCAGAAGUCCCCUCUCACUCUCAUCGGAAAUGUCACUGCCUGGUGCAAUCUCGUCGGCGGCCGCCAUGGCUGAUGGUCUGCCGGUUCAGAUCAUCGAAGAAGGCGUCAAGGAGUACCCAAAGCCAGAGAACAUCACAUUCACAUACGGCACAGCUGGUGUUCGAACAAAGGGUGCUGUGCUUGAAAGCGUCUGCUACCGCAUCGCACUUAUCAGCGCUCUGCGAAGCAAGAGGUUAGGCGGAAAGACCGUCGGUCUGAUGGUGACCGCGAGUCACAAUCCGGAAGAGGACAACGGCUUGAAAGCAGUCGACUCCAGGGGCGAGAUGCUCGAGGCUUCCUGGGAAGCAUACUGCACGCAAGCCGUCAACGCAUCGACGGCUCAGGAGCUCGUUUCUGUCCUCGAGAAUCUCAUAUCGGCGAACAAGAUCAACCUUUCGACACCAGCGUCCGUAGUCUAUGCCCACGAUACUCGGCCCACCUCGACUAUGCUCAUCAAGGCAGUCGCAGCUGGUCUGGCUACAAUGGGCGCUCAUAUCACCGAUGCAGGUCUCAAGACUACCCCACAGCUCCACUACCUCGUCAAAGCCCUCAACACUCAAGGAACAGAAGACGCAUAUGGAGAGCCGACAGAGGAAGGAUACUACAAGAAGCUCAGCUCCGCCUACUUGAAGCUGGUGGCAGACAAGACUUCGGCCACUGCCACGCCUCCUCUAAUCGUCGACUGCGCCAACGGAGUGGGAGCCCCAGCCCUCCUUUCCCUCCUGAAGCAUAUCCCAGAGAAGCAUCUGACCAUCAAGGCGAUGAGAACAGAUACGAAGACUCCAGGCGUCCUCAACAAUGGAUGUGGAGCCGACUAUGUCAAGAGCAAUCAGCGCCUUCCAGCAGGCUACGAAAAGGACAUCAGCUAUGUGCCUGGGCAAUGGAUGUGCUCCUUUGACGGUGAUGCUGAUCGGAUCGUGUACUACUAUCUGAGAGGGCCUCCAGGUCAGAAAGACAGCUUCAGGCUCUUGGACGGAGACAAGAUUGCUAGUCUAGCUGCCGACUACAUCAGUGAACUGGUGAAAAAGGCGGGAAUCGAGCUGCAGGUAGGCUGCGUACAGACGGCUUAUGCCAAUGGCAGCUCGACCAAGUAUCUCAAGCAACGAGUGCCUGUCACUUGCACCCCUACGGGAGUCAAGUAUCUUCACCACGCUGCAGAGCGGUACGACAUUGGAGUCUACUUUGAGGCCAAUGGUCACGGCACCGUCCUCUUCUCGACCUCGGCACAGCGGGCCUUCAAGGAGACUUCGCCCGCCUCUCCAGCAGCGGAAGAUGCUCUCCAUCAGCUUACAGCUCUGGCCGAAUUGAUCAACCAGACCGUCGGUGACGCUCUGAGCGACAUGCUCCUCGUCGAGGUCAUCCUCCGCGCACGACAGUGGGGUCCCGAAGCCUGGGACGGAGCAUACGAGGACCUGCCCAACAAGCUCCUCAAGGUAAACGUCAAGGACCGCUUCAUCUUCAAGACUGAAGACGCAGAGCGCAGGCUGGUAAGCCCACCUGGACUACAGGAGAAGAUUGACGAGGUUGUGGGAAAGUACAAGGAUGCUAGGAGCUUUGUGCGGCCUAGUGGGACAGAAGACUGUGUGAGAGUGUAUGCUGAGACCAGCUUGGCGGGCGAGCUGGACAGUCUGGCCAAGGCGGUGGCCAAGUUGGUGCAGGAUAGUGAUGCCUGAAAUGUCGGACAGUAGAGAGUCGAGGAAGGGCAGCACGUCGUGG